AAAAUUUCUUAUAUACAUGUUGGUGUAGAAAAUUUCUGUGAAAAACUUCUGUGAAAAAUUUAAGUGGAUAAAUUUACAAUAUUUUUGAGCAAAAGUUUUGGAUCGUUUCAUAUAUUUUUUAUGUUAGUUGGUGAGAUGAAAUUUCUGCAGUCGUUUUGCGUUAAAACAACUCGAAGUCAAUAAAAUUUAUAAAGUGUUAACAAAAUUUGAUGUUUCGAAUAAAGCCGUAGAUUUAAAUUGGCAUUUCUAUACGCGACUUUUUAAGCAGAAUUCGCUUAGCUAACUUUCAAAAUUUUGAGAUUUAUUAGUGAUUUCGAAGAAAUGGCGGACGAUAAAAUUGUUAAAAUUGAAUGUGACAGUUCUGAAACUGAACCUAUUAUUAAGAAGAACGAGCUUGUUUUGCCGGCUACAGCUCCACCGAUCUACAAGUUGCCAGCUGAAGUAUUUGUGUCAGUAUUCAAUCAUCUAAGCUGCAAAGAUGUAUUAAAUGUCCGUGCCACAUCAAAGCAUCUAUUGGAGAUUGGCGAUUAUUAUAUACGUCAUAGUUGCAUGAAAUCAUCUCAGAAAUUAUCUGAGGAAUCAUCUCAGAAGCCAAAGGACAAAUAUCGAAAAGAUUCUGUGGAGAUCGUUACUCUGGCGACUGAGUUGUUUUAUAGAACUGGAUUUGAAAAUUUUUUCUAUUUGUGCAUGUUUCCCAUGCUUAAAACCGGCGUUGAUGUUACACGAUUUCUGAGCAACUUUUACGGUUAUGUCAAUACCAGAAAAAAUCCUGACUCAAACCGCAAUUUCCUCUACACCAUUACUGUGGUAGAUAUGUUAUUGCAUUUUCAGAAUGUCAAUAUGCUGCCUUCCAAUAUUGCUCCCUUACAUUGGCGUAAGGUAUUUGAGCUGACUGGACCAUGGAUGGGAUUAUUGUGGGGUCAGGAACCUCGUUUCCGCGAUAAUGUUGAUAAGCGCAAUGAUCUCAUGGUUAUAUUGGCGGAGAUGCUCCUAUCCGAUCGUUCAAAUGGCAUUCUGAAAAAAGUUUGGGAGAAGGUCAAUGAGGUGUACAUCAUCGGCAAUAAAACCAUAUUGACACGCAAUCCGAAAACAACUAUCACCUUAACUGUUUACAACUGUAGCGGAGUUAAGGAUCUAUUGGAAACUGCUUUUAUUGAGCGUGACUUCAAACCUCUAAUGCAUGUAUUAAUUGGUGAAAAUGCGUUUGCGGCUUCUAUUCACAUAUGUUCUCCGGAAGCAGUGAAGUGGGGCUGUGCUAAGUGUAUGACGUUCGAUAUCGGUGCUAUCAUAUCCGAAUCCAUCGAAAACUAAUUACUUAAUUUUAAAGAACUUCAGUUCAGAACUGUCUUAUUUUAGUGACAAAAUUUCUUCAAAUGUUAAACAGAAAACCUUACUUAUUCCUAAAUAUGAUAUUUUCAGACCCGUUCGAAUAAUAUUUAUUCCACUAUUUAUCAAUGUAGACAAAAUGUGACUGUUAUCAAAUUACUUUAGUAUUUUUAAGAAUUCAACGCAAUAAAUUUAGAAACAAGUGCUAUAAA